CCAUAUCCCUGUGAUAUCUGUGGUAAAUCAUUCUCUGAAAGUAGUAGCUUAACUAAACACAAACGUAUUCAUACAGGAGACAAGCCAUAUCCCUGUGAUAUCUGUGGUAAAUCAUUCUCUGGAAAUAGCAACCUAACCACUCAUAAACUUAUUCAUACAGCAGAGAAACCAUAUCAUUGUGAUAUCUGUGAUAAAUCAUUCUCUCAGAAUCACCACUUAACUGCUCACAAAUACAUUCAUACAGGAGAGAAACCAUAUCCCUGUGAUAUCUGUGGUAAAUCAUUCUCUCAGAAUCACCACUUAACUGCUCACAAAUACAUUCAUACAGGAGAGAAACCAUAUCCCUGUGAUAUCUGUGGUAAAUCAUUCUCUCAAAAUCACCACUUAACUGCUCACAAAUACAUUCAUACAGGAGAGAAACCAUAUCCCUGUGAUAUCUGUGGUAAAUCAUUCUCUGUUCGCUGUAACUUAACUGCACACAAACGUAUUCAUACAGGAGACAAGCCAUAUCACUGUGAUAUUUGUGGUAAAUCAUUCUCUGGUGGCAGUACCUUAAUUAAACACAAACGUAUUCAUACAGGAAACAAACCAUAUCCCUGUGAUAUCUGUGGUAAAUCAUUCUCUGAAAGCGGUGGCUUAACCAAACACAAGCGUAUUCAUACAGGGGAGAAACCAUACCACUGUGAUAUCUGUGGCAAAUCUUUCUCUGAAAGCAGCAGCUUAACUAAACACAAGCGUAUUCAUACAGGAGACAAACCAUAUUCCUGUGAUAUCUGUGGUAAAUCAUUCUCUGUUAGCAGUACCUUGACUGCACAUAAACGUAUUCACACAGGUGAGGAACCAUAUCGCUGUGACAUCUGUGGUAAAUCAUUCUCACAAAAACAUCACUCAAUUAAACACAAGAGUAUUCACUAUGAAGUUGAUCCAUAACACAGUGACAUUGGUUGUAUAACAUUACUUCAGAAGGACAAGUUUGUAUCUCAUAAAACCCUCUACACAAGAAAGAAACUAUAUCAAUGGUAAGCCUUUCAUUUGAAAUGAUCCAUUAACGAAUCAAAAGAGCAUUGACAGAGGAAGGAGAACAUAUCACUGUGAUAGCAGUGCUUAAUCAUUCUAUGAAAAUGGAGAAUUAUACACAGUCCUAUUAAUAUGAAAGAUAAAACCAUACCCUAAGACAUUUGUGCUAAGUCAAUCUAUGAAAAUGAUCAAUUAUUAAAACAUAACUGCAUUCAUACAGAAGAGGAACCAUAUCACUACAAAGAUGAUAAUCCUCAUCAUUUAAAAUUCGCUUUUCCAUGCUUCAAUGGAUCAGAUGGAAUUCAUUGAUGGAGAUUUUCCUGAGCUGGGUACCCUUUCUUGUCACCAAUCCUCACCUGUUUCCAAGCAAGGAAAUAUUUUCCCUGGUGAGACAUAAUUUACGCAGAGGACUGGAAAUGAACAACUGCACAAGUAUGACGGUCAUGAUGGCCAUUUACGGACAUCACAUAAUGUCUGGACAAGGAUACACUCACUUGCGCAUACACACACACACUCACACACGUGUAUAUAUGUAUGUAUGAAGAAUUUCUUAUAGGAGAUAUUUUACAUGUUUUCUCUUUGUCUAAAAGUUUGUAAUUCCUAUUAGGUAAUGAAACACAUGUAAUGCUGAAUAAAUACUAUCAAACUGUUUUCCAGUCUUCUUAUGUGAUAUGUAAUUACUCUGCAAAAAAUAUUAUCCAAACCUCAGACAAAAAUGAUAUUUAUGUACAUAUAUAAUAACCAGCUUGUUUGUACAGCUGUUAUGCUUUCAUUAGAUUAGUGGAAUAAAUGAGGGGUGGGGACAGAAGUGGAGAAAAGGGAGGGAGAAAUAGAGUAAGGUGAUCUUAUAAUAAUUCUGCUUCUCAUUCUGUUACUUAGCUCGUCAGUAACACUUUCAUGUUAUUAGAGAAAAGGGGGUACAGAGAGAAAAGAUGAUAAGACAAAGAGUGAGACAAAUAGAGAAAGAAAAAAAAAGGAGAAACAAAAAGACUAAGAAAGAAGCAAGCAUGACGUGAUGGGGGGAGUGUAAUAGUUAUUUUAUGGUUAAAAAAGCUAGCUGAAGGUCGUGAUAUAGGGAAGAGUUAGAAAUAUAAUCUUAGCAGAGGGGUGAUGUUCUGAUGUUGAUAUUAAAGAAAGGCAGAGAGAGAGAGAUGAUGGUGGUGGUGGUGUGUUG